AUGUUCGACCGGUAUAACCAUGACCGCAUUGAUGAGUACCAGGAGGAUGACCGGGAAAGAAUGUUGAGUUAUAUGGAAUCCAGUGGAUUUCAAAGACCGCGUGAUGUGUGGUUUGAUAACUUGCGUCGGUUCUUGGAUGUUAAGAUGGACUCCGCAAGGAGCUGGAUGGAUACUCUGAAAACUCAAAUGUAUCCUGACGACGCUAUGAUGAUGGAACUACAUUUCAUAUAG